CACCAGCAAGGGAGUUUGAUUUCGUCGCGAUUGACAUGUAUUUUCGAGCCAAUGGGCAAUGAACCUCGGACGACCCAGCGUGGCUAAACCUUUGGAUAAAUGAACACGCAUACCGGUGGCUUUUGGGUAAAUGAACAUGCCUGCCGGACGCCUCUGGGUAAAUUGACCCCAUGCAUACUGGGGGACGGGAACAUCCGGGUAAAUGGAAGCUCCUACAACCUAUUUUAACGACACCUCGUCAUAAACACAUUUUUUAUACGAAGCUCGUGGACUCCUUGCUACUCUAAAAAAAUGGCUGAUAUGGAGGCGUUGGGGAAAUUUAAACCCACCAACCAAGGAUACCCUUGGAUCUAACAGAACCGGCUCGCGGUCGAUCACCUCGUGCCCGAGCCGAAAACCCCAGACGCCAAUGUAAACGAGACCAGGGUCCUAGCAUUUCUAUCUGAUGAUUGACGUCGGAACAUCUUUGCUCAAACGGGACGAGGUGCAGAAGCGCGUUCUUCUCACGGAGUAAAUAUUCUCCUAUUCUUGUAUUGUUGGAUAGAGCCAAGUCUGGACGAGAGAUUGCACAGUUCCCCUCAAUUGAGGCGUAGAUAUUUAUAUAGAAGAGCUCCGCAAAUCAAUAUGCCUGCAUCCACAUCGAAUUCGAUAAUCACGUGUCAAUCAUGCAGCUCUCUUACGUUCUUACUUUGGCCCUCCAGCUUCUCGCUGUCGAUGCGUUGACAGUGCCGGCAUCCAAUCACCCCGGCGUCCCAGGCGUCCCGAAAACCCGUCCUCAAAUCCAUGUUGGUCCUAAGACUUUGAAGACGAAGCUGCCCAGGAAUUCGCCUCCGAGACACAAGACUUGCCAUGUCAAGGGCGGUACUGCAGAUGACUCUGCGGCUCUCUUGAAGUCAUUCCAUGAAUGCAACAAUGGCGGUCAUGUCGUCCUUGAUAAAGGCGUUACCUACACCAUUGGCACGGUCAUGGACCUGACAUUUUUGAAGCAUGUCGACUGGGAUAUCCAAGGAACUUUGACGUUUACCACGGAUACCAAUUACUGGCAAGCCAAUUCGUUGAAGUACAAGUUCCAAGACUCCAGCGCAUUUUUCGCUGUUGGCGGCAAGGAUGUCAACAUCUUUGGCGGCGGCGUGAUCGAUGGAAAAGGGCAGGUCUGGUAUGAUUUAUUUGUCAAGGAGCCAACUGCCAAGAGGCCUCUCCUAUUCGUCAUUGACGGCCUGGAGGGUGGCACCAUGUCCAACCUCAACAUGGUGAACCCGCCCAACUGGUUCAACCUGGUCGCAAACUCCACCAACAUCGUUAUUGAUAACAUGAACCUGAAGGUUGCCGCUGUCGGCAACCCAGCCAAGAACACCGACGGCUGGGACACCUACCGUUCUUCCAGCAUCGUUAUCCAGAACUCAAUCAUUGAUAAUACCGAUGAUUGUGUUUCGUUCAAGCCAAACAGCACCCAGAUCCUCGUCCAGAACCUCCGCUGCAACGGAUCUCACGGCAUCUCCGUUGGCUCUCUGGGUCAAUACGUUGGCGUCGUUGAUAUCGUCGAGGACGUCCUCGUCUACAACACCAGCAUGUCCAACGCCGGCGACGGAGCCCGCAUCAAGGUCUUUCCCGGCGCCCCCGACAACGUGACCAUGAACUCCGGUGGUGGCAGCGGCUACGUCAAGAACGUCGUCUAUGACAAGUACGACGUGCAGAAUGUAGACUGGCCGAUUGAGGUUACGGGCUGCUACACCGUCAAGGAUGCCGCGGCCUGUGCUGCCCGCCCCCCGAAAUUCCACAUCUCAGAUGUCCUUUUCAAGGACUUCACCGGCGUCUCCAACAAGAAGUACGACCCCUAUGUCGCCACUGUUGCUUGCCCGUCUCCAGAGGCGUGUGAGAACAUCCGCACCGAGAACUUCCAGGUCAAGGCUCCCAGUGGCAAGAGCCAGGCUAAAUGCUCUAACAUUAACGUGGCAGAGCUUGGUUUGAACUGCACUGCUGCUGCUUAAUGAGAUAGAAAAGAGUGAAGGAUAAUAUUUCUGCCGUAGGUAUUUGGGUGGGGG